AUGGCGACAUGGCCGCUGGGGCUUCGGCCACACGGGCGUCUCCGACGGGCGGCCGGCGGCGCCGAAUCGCCGCAGGCGUCGCCCUCGACGAGCUGCAAGCUGCGCCCGCCCGCUCCAGCACGUCGGUGCUGCACCAGCACGUCCCAAGGAUUCUGGAGCCAGAGAUCGUAUCGGGUCACGGUGGCAGAGCUCCAGGCAGCAAAAGUGUACAACCAGACGCGGAGCGAAGCAGCUGCAAGGAAACACGCCACGAAAGAACUUCCAGUCCUACUCGACAGAGCCAGUGCACCAAUGCGGCGUGAACCUAAACGCGUCGCGCACAGCCAGUCACGUCCCCGGCAUCGGCAAAGGAAAUCACAUAAGACAUAUCCGCUGAUGUCGAGGCUGCAAGCCAACCAUCCGAACACGGCUUCAACUGGCGAGCUGCAAACUAUCAGCGGUCAUUCGUUCUUUGACGCUGCCGCCCGGCGCGGCGCGGCGCUCCUCCUGGCGCCCGCGGUGCGGGCCCAGGGGCUGUGA